AUGGCCGCUUUCAAGAAACCAGCUGGCCAAGAACCAAGCUGGCGCAUCUUGCGCCACACAGCUAUGGUGCUGCUCGUCAUAUCGCUCGUUGUUGUCACCACCAGGCACACCCAAGUCCUGAAAACAAUCACGAGAUGGCCUCCAUUUGCACAACCCCCGCCCAGAGAACUACAAUUCUCACCGUCUGCCACGUUGAAAAUAUCCGUCUUCUCUGACCUGCACUUCGGCGAAGCCGAAUCCACGGACUGGGGCCCGGAGCAGGAUUCCAGGACGCUGCGCGUGAUGGCCUCGAUGCUCGACACCGAGGUGCCGGACCUUGUCGUUCUCAAUGGCGAUCUAAUCACCGGAGACGAUACGCAACUGGAGAAUGCUACGGACUACCUCGACAUGCUCGUCGCGCCUAUGGUGCAGCGUUCGGUGCCCUGGGCAUCUGCGUACGGGAAUCACGACAAUCAUUUCAACAUCAAUACCGAGACGAUCCUUGAGAAGGAGCGAGGCUACUAUAGUCUAAGUCUCACUGAGAAGAUGGUCACGGGCAAAGGAGAGGAGGUGGGUGUAAGUAACUACUACGUGCCAGUCUAUCAGAUUGGCAAAAACGGCCCCGUUGCCAUGCUGUGGUUCUUCGACAGCCGGGGUGGCAUGACUUUUCAGAAGAAUGGGAAGAAUGGGAAGGAUGGAAAGAAAGUGCAGUUACCUGGCGUGGUCGAUCCCACCGUGACAAAGUGGUUUGUCAGAACAUCUAGGAACCUGCGGAGGCAACACCGUGGAGAAUCAAUUCCGAGCCUUGUAUUCGUUCAUAUCCCCCUCAAUGCCAUGCGCCAGUUUCAAGAAGCGGGCGUUGACGAGCACCGCCAACCAGGAAUUAAUGACGAUGUCCCGCUGGCCAGUCAAACCGGAGAUGAGGAGUUCCUGAAUGCGCUCUCGGAAGAAGGCGUGGCCGCGGUGUUUAGUGGGCACGACCACGGAAAUGAUUGGUGCAUGUCGACUAAAACAGCGAACAAGCAGCCGUUGUUUGCUUGUUUUGGCCGCCACACCGGUUACGGUGGGUACGGGCGCUGGAUGAGAGGGUCUCGACAGAUCUUGUUGACUUCCGAUGGGGAGAUUGAGACUUGGAUUAGGCUUGAAGAUGGCGAUGUCAGCGGGCGUGUGAGCUUGAAUUCGACGUAUGGUCAGGAUAUCUAUCCGAAGGCGAGGAAGGCUUUCACGAGUCUUGGUGCCGGCGAAGCAAGAUAA